AUGCGGUCACUGCGAGCCUUGACGGCGUCGCUGCUCGCUGCCCAGUACGUCGCCGCCGACGCCUUCGCGGCCGAUGAGGUACAGAAACCCGUGGGUGUAUCAUCGUCAUCAUAUCCGACAUCGCAAGACGGACCCGGCUCUUCAUCGCCCAAGAGCAGCGAUGACGGUGGCCCAUCGUCAUGGUAUGCCAGACUGAACUACUCGUCACCGGCGCCGCACCUGUUCGCUUCGGCGUACGGUCUGCUCCAGCAGUGGAGCAACACCGUGUUCCCCAACGGGCACACGAUGGCGGCGGUGGAGGUUCCCGCGUUUACGCUGUUUUAUCACGGGCGGAUGGACGAGGAGGAUGUGCCGAGUCCGGAGUGGCUUGCUUUUGAUAUGUGA